GGGGACCAUAUAUAUCGUCAAAGGCCUCUACCGAAAGGCGGCAAGAGUUAUUCUGUUCGCCAGGUGUCGCUCCAUGCCAACACGCUCCUUUUUUCUCUUUUUUUUUCAGUCACUCCUUAGACACCAAGCAUCAGGAUGCCUUCAUUCGCAGCAACUGUGUUGUUUCUCCCCCUUCUCGGGCUUUGCAGUGCGAAAUGCCUCCCUCACGCCGUGCCGCAAGCUUCAAGCUCUCCUUCUGCCGCCGGUGCGGCUCCAUCGACUUCUCCGAUCGCCAAUGAUGAGGGCGCAUCGGUGGUGCCCCCUGCAAGCCAAAACUCCACAUCAGGAAGCAAGGUCCCGGACGGAUUUAAACCCGGGGUUAAAUGGCAGAUAGAGAUCCAGAAUCCGGUCGAUCCUCGAGUCGGCCUGCAGCCGCCUGAUGCCAAGGUCAUCGACGUCGAUCUCUUUCACGCAUCCAAGGAUCCUACCCUGAUUCCGGCACUUCAUGAAGCCGGAGCAACAGUCCUGUGCUAUUUCAACUUGGGAGCAGUGCAGACGACGGACUGCGACUGGACAAGCUGGGAAAACGAUGGGCUCAUGAAGACAAGCCAGACCGUGGAGAACUACGACCAGGAAAAAUACGUCGAUGUCACAGAUACGACUGUCCUCGAUCUCCACAAGUCUCGCAUCGACCUCGCGCAUCAAAUCGGUUGCGAUGGCCUGGAUCCCGAUAACAUUGAUACAUUUGAGCUGUCGGCGGACGAGUCCAUCGGCAAGCAGAUCACACAAGAUGACAUGGUCAGCUUCCUCGCAACUCUCGCCGAAUACGCCCAUUCGAAGACAACAACACUUGGCCACUCCCUCAUGAUCGGGCAGAAGAACGCGUACAGUAUCACCGAGCGCGUCCACACGUUCAUGGACUUUGCAAUUUCCGAGAACUGUGUCGGAUCUGUGAACGUCGGCUCUAACCGUGGUGCACCCGAUGAGUUCUGCACCGUUUUCCAAAAGUACUACGCCGAUAAUGGCAAGCCGGCCUUUGACAUCGAGUACCCUUCAAGCCUGGCAGCCGGCGGCGGCAGUAAGAAGCGACAAGAUGACAGUGCAACCGAUGGGUCCGAGGGUGGGUGCGCGGCUGCUACCAGUCAGGCUGAUAUCGUAGCCUACUGCACCUCACAAGCAAGCAGCACUGGAAUCAGCCGGAUUCUGAAGCUUGACAACGAUGAAUACGGUCUGAAUGGCUGCACACAAUACUGCGACGAGACCGCUUCAUUCGUCAUGACAACAUAUUCGUCAAACGACACCAACUCGUGCGGCUGAUUUCAACGGCGUGGUAUGCGAUCGCAUGGGUUAGGGGGGAUGAAGGGGGUGGUGAAACAGGCUGAAAAGUGCUUCAGCCCGCCCCGAUUACGAUUUCACUUCUAAGUACAUUGGUUCCCUGACGGCGUGUUGGGAGACUACCAGUACAAAUCUUGUUGUCAAAGCGAAUUUUUUGCCACUGAAAUAAAAUCAUAUCAUUGAACAUUUCCAACCCGGCUGCCAGGACAGGACACGAUUGUUGAAAAGGCCUUGAAUGAGAACUGAUAAAAGCAGACUGGGCCACUAAAAGUGAGAAGAUAUGUGAUUCAUAGAAAUUGAUUUUGCCAAGAUAUACCUCAUCAAGUGCCCAAGGUGAUGGUACCCUAGGGUGUCUAUCAUUCAUCUCUUGGAAACUUGGAAAUC